ACACAUGUACAGCCCCAGAGUCAAGAAAUCUCUGCACAGAAUAUGCAGUGAAAUGGAGAUUCGAUAGCAAAAAGCAAGAGUGUGUUCGCCACUGGUGGGGUGGAUGUGAAGAUAAUGGGAAUGUCUUUGAGUCACAGGCUGAUUGUGAAGCUGUCUGCAUGAAUACUCUGGUCAUCAUAAACCCUGACACAGUAGACCCAGAUUUUGUCAACAUUUGUGACAUGGAAAAAGAUGCUGGCUCCUGUUCAGAAAAUAUCCAUAGAUAUUACUAUGACCCAAGGGACAGAAGAUGUAAAAUAUUUUACUAUGGAGGAUGCCAAGGAAAUGAGAAUAACUUUGCUGGGAUUGAAGACUGUCAAAGACAAUGCAUGGGAGGAGUUAUUGCCCAUACCACAACGACAACUGCUAAACCAGAAACUUCAGCUUUUGUGACAGCUGUUUGUUUGAUGAAGGCUGAAACAGGACCUUGCCGGGCCAACAUACAACGAUGGCAUUAUGAUCAUUUGUCAGGAGCAUGCUUGCAGUUUGUGUAUGGUGGCUGCAGAGGAAAUAAUAACAAUUUUGAAACUAUAGAAGAAUGUAAUAGUUUCUGUAAUGAUAAAGAAGUAUGUCACCAACCACAGGAAGUUGGUCCAUGCCGGGCAGCCAUUCCUAGAUUUUAUUUUAACUCUCAAACAAAAUCUUGCCAAAACUUUAUAUAUGGUGGAUGUGAUGGUAAUUUAAACAACUUUGACACAAGAGAAGCUUGUGAUAGGAAGUGUGAUCGUUACAAGGACUUUGGCAGCCAUGUUGAUGGGAACUGCAGAGGAUAUAACAUCAAGUGGUACUAUAGUGCUGACAGAAAGCAGUGUGCACGUUUUGUAUAUACAGGCUGUGGUGGGAAUGGCAACCAAUUUGACAGUGAGCAAGAGUGCACUGAUACAUGUCUGAAAGUGGGCAGACCCGAUGACAGAGACACAUUAGAAAAAACAACAAGAUCCAAUUCAACAAGUAGGCCAGGAGGAGCAAGGGAAGAUCAUAAACUGGUGCUUGUAAAGCAUGGAGCUACUGCUGUUCUGACUUGUACACUGAGAAGUCAUGGUGUACUUUGGUAUCAUGAUGGCUUCUUGCUGACAUCAAGUCCUGUGCACCAAGUAUAUAACAAUGGAACUCUGAUUCUUUGGCGUGUUACUGAAGACAUGACAGGAAUCUACACAUGCAGAAUAUCCACUGGAUACAAUGUACAUCAUGUGGAGAAGUUCAAGGUUGAAGUUUAUGUUCCACCUAGACUUCUCCCAGGACCAGCCCUGAUCAGUGCCAAGCCAGGAAACACUGCAGUUGUUCAUUGCCAGGCGGUGGGCAGCCCUGAGCCAGUAGUAUCUUGGAGCAGAGGUGGGCGUUUGCUGCAAACCAGUAACCACUAUACUGUCUUCAGAAAUGGAACACUGAUUAUACAUAAUGCGCUAAUAGAAGAUGCUGGUGAAUAUGAGUGCUCAGCACAAAAUAGCAUUGCUGCAACAAGGAAAACCAUAACCCUGAGCAUUAAAGAAACUAUUGAUGCUGACAUUCAGCGUCAUCAAGGUAUUUUCACAGAAGGUGAAACAAUAAAACUGCAGUGCAAAGGUAGAGGGUACCCGACACCAAAGUUACAAUGGGUGAAAGAGGGUCAUGUGUUGACAUCUGGUGGGAAAAUUUCAGUCCACAAUGGUGAUCUUACAGUAAGUGCAGCAACCAUUGAGGAUGCAGGGAUGUACAAAUGCAUUGCAUCCAAUGACAGAGACAGGGCGGAAGAUGUUACAGCAGUGCAGAUCAAAUUUCACAGUCCAAUAACAAAAUGUGAGGAUACUAUGGGACGAACAAAGUGUCACCUGAUUGUUGCAGGCAGACUUUGUGGCUUUAAGGUGUACACGAGUCAGUGCUGUCAUUCUUGCAGGAGGGCUGGUUUUCUAUAG